UGCUCGUGCCUGCGCGUAGAGAUGCAGCAUAAGUGCACCCCGUACCGGAUUUAGAAUCCCAUAUCAAGCGCAUAAAUAGACGCAAACGGAAAACGCAUGUUACACAUUGACAUUGUAUCUGUAUAAACAUAUAAUACAAGCUCAACUGUCUUAUUUGAUCCUAUAUGUCUGGAGCCUUAAAGGUUCCAUAGAUUAGGACCUAAUGCAUUAUUGACCAGAGGUAACUAAAUCAAUUCGUUGCAACCAUUUUUCUUUCACUUAAUUCAUAUCAUGGAGGCGAAGGCUACUGAAGCUUCGUCCAAUAAACGGUCGAAUGAAGCGAGGCUACAUAGAAACCUAGAGCGUUCUAUCGAGGCACAUCGGCUUCGUUUGUUGAAGGCAAGAGGUCUAAAUGCAGACAGAGGUGGACGCCUAUGCGAAUGUAAGAAGUGUGAUGUUACCAGUACGAAGAUAUCAAUGAGGUGUUCCAAACGUGGUUCUACAAUUGUUGAAGAUAAUACCCCUACGGAAUACACAGGAAACAAGAACCGACAAAAUCCUAGGACUCCUAAUGUGGUACAACAAUCAAGUAGUAGGCGCCAACCACCGAUAAGAAAGAGCGCUAACGUAACAAAAGAAACACGUGAUAGAAAUGAUGAGAGAAUAAUUGUCAAUGUAGCCGUGGACGUAAAAGAUUGGGAAAACAACUACCCUAAAACACACAGGGAUGAUGAUGACAAUAAAACAAAGAUAGUGGGAAAUGUUGACCAAGUUGAUGCCGAACGUAAUGACGAUGACUCUGAAAAGAAAGAGGUGUAUCCAAUGCAAAAUUCCACACGGUCACAAGAAAACGCGGAUGUAAACCGUAAUUGUGUCCCUGAAAUUGAUUUGGGCAAAGUAACUCGUCGUCUAAACAGCAUUAGAAUCGUUGACUCCAAAGGGGAUGAGCAUUGCAUUGGUAUCAGCAGCAUAGAGACCAAAAUAUUAGACGCUGUUAACAGGGUUGUGCGUGACAAAAUGGAAGCUAAUGAGACGGUAUCAACACCAACUAAACAGGAAGUUAAUGCGUCCCCAAUAAAUAAGGUAGAUGAACCAGUAAUCAGCACUAAAGAAAUGACACCUGAGAAUCGUGAUGUCAAUAAAGGAAAUUUGCAAGAUGAUGAUAGGGGACGUGGAGUGUUUAGUGCCUUAUUGAGUUACAUUUCCUGUGGCUCUAAUAAAAUUGCGGAAUACAAUGCAGAUGUUAAACCUGUUUCCCCUGUGGAAAACAGCGCUGGUGUAAAUGAGUUGCCCGAAAUUCAACCUGAUGCAUCUUUGUCGGAGAGGAAAUUUGAGGAUAGUCGCCCUCAGACAAGCCGUUUUACUCUAUGCGGCGGGAUCAGGAGUAAUACGUGCUGUAAAGGCUCUGGAACGGAUAAUACUUCUGUUGUCACUCAUUCCACCCUUGGUGGCGUGCAGAGGUCCGGUAUUGUAUACCCCAACCAAUCAAUAUCUCCAGAUGCUGCUGUCGUUGAUAAUGAAACGUAUCGUGUUACUCCGCAUAGAAUGGGUACUGGAUUCAUCAAUCAGGUGGCGUAUAAUCCCCCGUGUCAAAAUUUGGGGCAAAUGGCACAGCACGUGAAUGAUGUAUACCAGCCUACUGUACAGUAUGGCAAUGUCUAUAGUGCGCCAAUGUAUAAUCCAGCUGGUUUACCUUAUCAGCCAUAUAUUCCUGUUCAUUCAGUCAAUUACUAUCAGAACCACAUGAAUACAUACGGAAUGCCUGAGGGUGUUCAUACGAGGCCAUACACAACUAACGUGAAGCACCAGUUCCACAGGCGCAACAACACUAGUGGAAGUACAACAGGUAUCUCUGGAUGUAAAGCUAUGCGUCACAAUCCUAGGAUUAACGCCGCGCUGCAGUAUGUAUCCAACAACGCGGUUAUACGGACGCAAAAUCCUCCAAUUGUAACUGGGACGACGCCAAUAGCGAUGACGGUCCCGUCAUUUAGAUACAUACCGAGACAAUCGACAGGUACCUUCUACACUCGUAAUACAGGCCGUGCCUAUGGCAGACAGGUUAAGGCUACUAUGAUAUGA